AGGCCCCGCCGAAAUCCCAUAGGACGCCAAUCAGCACGUAUACUAGUCAUUGACGGCGUACACUUUAUCGUGAAUAUCUAUUCAUGUAUGGUCUCUCGCUAGGGAAUACCAUAUCCGCAUGAUAUUCAGCUGAGGGUUUUCACGUCAACGUGGCCCUGCAUGAGGUUCAGCUGAUCGGCUUCACGCCAAUGUGGCCCUGUCAGUGCACCAUCAAUGAUAUUUAGGGUAGCUGCCCAGCCUUGUUCUUAAGCACCCACACUAUUGAGUCUGCUAGAAGACAAGUCUCUACAGCAGCAUUACCGACAGCGACCAUGGGAGAAGUGGUCGAAGCAGCCCCAAAAAGGAUCGUUUUGUGCUGCGAUGGCACCUGGCAAUCGUCUGUCAGCGGGAAGCACAAUCUGCCAUCCAACAUUACACGCAUUGCCAGGACCAUUGCAAAAGCCGGUCGGGGUGAUGACGGCAAAGUCUGGCAGCAAGUAGUUUACUACGACUCCGGUGUGGGAUCCGGCAGCUUGUCAGACCUCGAGUCCAAACGCCAAGGAGCCACUGGCGACGGCCUGGUUGUCAAUGUGCUCGAAGCUUACAACUUUGUGGUCAACAACUACUCACCUGGCGACAAGAUCUAUUGCUUUGGUUUUUCACGCGGCGCUUUCACAGCUCGAGCUAUUGCUGGCAUGAUCACCGACCUUGGUGUCAUGAAGCCCGACAACAUGCAGAGUUUUGCAUCUUUGUUUGCCGCUUACCAGAAGAACACGAGCAAAUACAACUUCCGAAAGACCAAAGAGUACUUUGAGUGGAAAAUGGGCAAGGCUCCUUUUGUCCCUGAAAGCCAGAAAGAGACGUGUAAUGUCAAGAUUCCUUGGUACGAUAUGGGCACAUGGGGCGACAUGGAGUAUGAGAAUUCACGAUCUAUUGAGCUUGUUGGUGUUUUCGAUACCGUGGGAAGUCUCGGACUCGCAGACACGUAUAUUCGCAGCCAUGCAUCGAGCCGGCAGGUCUUCGAAUGGCUCAAUGUCAAGUGGAAUCCAUAUAUCAAGCAUGCAUUUCAUGCUUUGGCGAUUGACGACCGUAGACAGCCUUUCCUACCAACACUGUACUACAUUCCGAACGAAGACGUAUUGGCAGCCGAGAAUGAGAUACUAGCGAAGGACGAGGUGGAUUGGCCGGAGCUUACUGAACACCGGCAACGCAUCGACGAAGAGCUUGAGCAGCAGAAGGCAGACCACAAGCCAGACUUGGUACAAGUCUGGUUUACAGGCGUCCACAUCAACAUCGGUGGAGGAACAGACGAUGCGAAGACGGACUUUGAAGGAUUGGCAAACAUCACUUUCGCAUGGAUGGUCGAGCAAUGUCGACCGUACCUCGCCUUCGAUCAGUACACGAACGCCACACUCUCCAGAUACCUACAAACCAUGAUCGAGGAUGACGCCGAGCAAUCUUUGCGCAAAAAGGAAACACCCAGUACGAGUAUGGUGGGCAAGACGGUCGCCACCAUUACCGAGGACCUGAGUGCGACAAAGAAGUGGCUCGGCUCGUUCUUUUCGUCCUCGUCGGGCGAGAAAGCAACACCCAAAGAAAAGAUGGUGCGGACAUACUGCUUCAGCCCGAGCGUGGUCCCACCCUACAAGCCCGACCACUGGACCUUUUUCCGCAACCAGGAUAGCUACACCCGGAUGUACCAGGUCAUCUCGAGCGCACAAGCGCGCACACCCGGCGCCUGCGACGAUAGAUCGACAGAAGCUCACACACCCCUGCGUCAACUCGGCGAGACCCAUGAAUGGAUGCACCCGUCGGUUAGAUGGCGACAAGAGAUGUCCAAAGCCCACGACAAGGAGGAGUUUCGGUACAACUCUGAACCUCUGGCCGCACUGAAAUACGACCAGAAAGACGGGGUAUGGGGGUGGAAGCACAGGGAGAAUGCCAACGUGUGGAUCCCGGAGUGGCCCAUCGAGGCGGCGCUCAAAGAGGAAGACCCGAGCACGACGCACGAGAACGCGGAAAUGGCGCUGGUAGAAGCGUGUCUCGACAAGAACGAGGUACGGCAGUUCCUGAGAGAUCACGCCAUAGCCUGGAACAAGGCGCACUCUUCAGCGAAAUAGGAGUGCCACGGAACAGCCGGGAUUGCAGAACAGACGAGCCGGUGGUAGAUGACCGUUCAAUCUACUCGGGUACUCCAAAGCAAAAACGCUCAAUCCAAUUCAACAGCGUAACCUAGCACUAUAUCAUACUCAAGCCGUUUCGUUUGCAGCAUUCAUAGCACCAGGUCAUCCCAUCCUCAUUUCCCCCAACACUGCUGUAGCUACUCGCUCACUCACUGCGC